AUGGCCCGGCCCGUGAUGCUGGUGGCCGCCACCCUGUCGCUGGUUCUGCUGCUGGCGCUGCCCGGGCGCGGGUGGUACAAGCUGCCGGCGGGACCCAGCUACUACUCCGUGGGCCGUGCCGCGGGGCUGCUUUCCAGCUUCCGAAGGUCCCCGUACGCACGGCGCGCAGAGUCCCCCGUUAGGAUGCAACCCUCGGCCCAACCCGAAGCAUCCCCAGAACUGCUUCCUGGCCUGCGGAGCCUCGCCGUUUGCAUCCGGCACGUCGCCCCGAGUCUGCACAGCUGCACUAGGCUCCCCGACGGCGGAGGGACUCUCCAGUGCAAAGCGGACGUCAUUCUGUCACUGAGCGCCGCCGACUGCCAGCGCGCCUGA